AGGAACGUGGACUAAUGGAAAGUGUCCCUGUCCACGGCAGGGGCUUUGAACUGGAUAAUCUUAAGGAUCCCUUCCAACCUAAGCCAUUCCGUGAUUCUGUGACUAGAACCCGCUCCUAUUCGCCCUUAUUUUGGCAGACCUGCAUUUUCCCAAGCACGAAACCUCUCGCGCCUGUAACUCAGGGAGCCUGCCAAGCGCUCUGUUCGCCGCGCCGAGGGCCCAGGAGGUUUUGCUCAGCUCUCCGCGUCCCCUCGCAGAGGCAGAGGCGGCUGUGCCCGGGUGGCUCCGCCUCCCGCGGGUGCGGUGCCACGAUGAACUGCAGCGAUGCGCGGCGGCUGCAGGCGCUGCUGGGUGCGGUGCUGCGGGAGCUGCGCGGCCACGGCAACACCAGCGCGGCCCCGCAGGGACCCGGACCCGGCCCGGGGGCGGACGGCUCGCUGUACAUCCUGCUCAUCAUGAUCUUCUACGGCUGCCUGGCCGGGGGGCUCAUCCUGGCGUACACCCGCUCGCGGAAGCUGGAGUCCAAACACGACCCCUACCACCUGUACAUCGAGCGGGACUGGGGCCCCCGCGGCCCGGGGCAGGCGGCCGAGGAGGGCCCCGAGGGGCAGCGGCCGUGAGAGCGCCGGGACCGGCAGGAGGAAGGGUCUGUCCUGCGAGGGCAUCGCUCCUGCUGCCCUCCGACUUGGGACUACAGACAGCCAGAGGCUGCGGGGGAAGCGAAACCCAUUGCUCUUGUGCAGUCGCACAGCGCGCAAGGCCUGUCGUGCGACAAACAGCAGAGGCACAACAACAUGUUCUCAGUGAAAAUACUUACAACCCAAGGAUCUGGCUCAAAUUUUGUUUGACUUCAUCCAGGUAUGUGCUGGACAGCAGCCUAGACUUCAGUAAAUUUUAGAGGGAAAUGUCAACUUGAGAUAGUUACAGCUCAACACCAUUUACUGCCUGAGAGUGCUCUGGUGAGGCAUUUGCAACAGGAUUAUUCCAGACACAUUUUUGCCCUGACAGAGCUCACAGCCAGCCUGUUCUGCAGUGCCCCAGCACCACACAGCAACAAUCAGAACCUACAACACAAGCAGUCAAGAUAAGGAAGCCACAACUUAUUUCUUGCACUUUUAAUAUCACAAGAACAAGCUAUGAAAACUUCUAAUAAUAAUAAAAAAAAUAGAAUAUCAGGUAUGUGGUUUUUGGU